CAAACAUGUCUCCACCUUCACAAACAAACGCUGAACAACUCUCUGACUCUGAGGACUGGUCGAAGAUAUCGGAUCUCAAUGAAAGGAGGAAAAUCCAAAAUCGUCUUGCUCAGAGAAGUCGUCAAGCUCAAGAUGCUCGAGAGUCGUGAAGGCACAUCUAAGCGGACGCCAACACGAGCAUCGAAAAGUCCUGAGCCAACAACUAGGCAUACAAAGUCUGCGGAGUGGCCUGAAUCUCUUCGAGAUAUCAAGAGCCUGCUGUCUCAGAUUGAUCAAACGAAAUCCCGCCUUCAAGAAUAUCUCUCCAGCAUAUCGACUGUCGUUCAAGAAGCUCCUAUUCCAGCUGCCACCGCCUGGGAAUCUUGGUCAUUCCCGGACAUGGAUGAUGAUAGUUUGAACACACUGUUUCAGGGUAUCGAAAGAUCCGAGUCGAGUCCCGAUCUCAUCUCUUUCAACGCAUCUAGUCUCGAGAAGCCAGACUACCCCCGUGGUAUUGCCAUUACAGACACUACUGCUUUGAUAACAGCUCCUAUGGCUGGUCCUUCGUUGACUCCACCUGCUAGCGAGUCAUCACGAUCCUCAUUCUGCAGCGCAAAUCCUACGUUACAACAGAAUCUCUACUCACUAGGCGCCACUAGCGAUGUAUGCUCUGCCGAGGUCAAUGAUCACGGCAACACAGCUUUACAUAUUGCCGUCCGCAACCGUCACCACUCAAUUAUCCGUCUCCUGGUCGAGACAGGUACAGACAUCAAUUCACGGAACGAUCAACAGAUGACCGCUCUACAGAUCGCCAUCAGCUCCGCAAAUACCAGCACAGCACAAUUUUUGCUAGAGUUAGGUGCUGAUGUGACAGAUGCAACACCGAGUGGAGAAACGGUGUUACACCUUGCUGCACGCAUUGGAGAUGUGGCUGUGGUUGAGUCUCUGCUACGACGUUGUGUGUCUAUCAAUGUGAGAAAUCAUUGCGGAGAGACAGCAUUGCAUGCGGCGGUCACGGCGGGCCAUGAAGAUGUCGUUAGAGUGAUGCUGGCGCACGGUGUGGACUCACAGGCCAAAGUCGGCAUUCAGACGCCUGUGCUCGACUCCACAUUUGACUGGAACAUGAUCAUGGAGUUUUGA